CCACUGGCUGGAGACGUGGCAGCGCCUCGGGUCAUAUGAUUUUUGGCUCUUACACGAACCCCACCCCGAUCCUUUUCCACACUGAAAAAGAUUCCCAAAUGUCUCUCGCUCUUUAUUAUAAUGCAUAACGACAAUUUAAACAUCUGCACAAAGAAAGUCUUGCAACGACAACAACAACAACAAAAAAAUAAUCCCGUGCGAUCAUCUACAUAAAUUCUACACAUGGAUUUUUUUAGGAGCUGUGACCAUCCAAAACAGUGCCAUUUUUAGCCAUUUACUGCUGACGUUUACAGAAGCUUCAAAUAGCUUCCGUUUCACUCUGGUAGUGAUUGGACUGUCCUGUGCCGUGCAGUGAGCUAACGCGCUGACUGUGGAGCACAAGCCCGACAUUCUUCACUUCAAUGGAGGAACAGCCCAAAGAUCGGGCACAAGACAGGCAGCACCAUCACAACGGAGAGGACCGGAGCUCCAUUCAGCGCACGGCGUGUCUGAAACAUGAUCAGAGCCAGUUCCAGUGCCAGCAUCAGGAAACGCAGGCGAAGAAAACAGGUAGUAAAAAUGUAAACAUCACCGACGAGGAGGGGGAGAAAAAUCCACACCUGCCCUACACUGUUGGUAUGUCCCAUUCCUCCAGCAGCAAUGAUGAUAGACACAUAAGUAACCCAAAUGUGAAGCAGAAAGGGCUGCAGAAGCACUACACCUCUGUUCAGAAAGUGAGCAGCAAAUUCUCUGAGCAUAAGAAGAAUAUGGACUUAAAAAAUGACAAGGAGAAGGCGCUGGAUUUGAGUCAUUAUGAGAUUCAGCCUUCAGACAAGAAAGACUCUGCUUUGCUUCAGAACGGGCUUGUGAAUUGUGGCCUCAUCACUAACGGCUAUUCCAGUAAGGACAAUGACGGAAGCGGCUCCGAAGGCGGAUACACCACCCCGAAGAAACGAAAGGGCAGAUGCGGCAACACCAAGAGUGCCGAUAAUGUGACGAAAGACAAAGAGAGAGACAUGCAGCCACGCCACACUACGCAGGAGCCGGGGGCCUCGAGUGUCGAGACGCCCGAGAAAGGAACAGCGUACAGACUCGACGGCUUCCGGUCCGGCUACAAAGCAGAAGCUCAGACGACGGCUAAACGGGCCGUCGCGUCAGAGACUUCAGUCGCCGAACCUCAGAGGAAAACCUCUGAAGGUAAAGCAGCUAGCACGUUUGGUAAGAAAGCAGAGGAAAAGCACAAGGGCAAGCUUUCCUCACCUUCAAAAGAGGACUCGUGGACUUUGUUCAAGCCCCCUCCUGUAUUUCCUGUGGACAAUAGCAGUGCUAAAAUAGUUCCCAAGAUCAGUUAUGCAAGCAAAGUAAAAGAGAACCUCAAUAAAGUAGCUCAAGGCGGAGGAGAGGCAGCGCCUCCUCCUGUGAGACUGUCCCAGGUCCCCAUGUCUGCUAUGAAAACUAUCACCUCGGCUAGCUUUACUAACGGUCCUGUUCCUGGGAACGGGAACGGCUGCCCGUCCGUGGGCACCUUCUUUGCUCCUGCUGCUAGUUGUGUUCAAUCAGCCCCGUCUGUCCCAAGUGGCGAGAAUGUAGCAUCUUCUUUGGAAAGUAGCUGUAGCUCUACGACGAGUCCCGUAGACGGCGAGGCGAGCGAGCUCAGAAAGUGUACUGUUUUAAUCUACCCUUUAAAUAUGCAACCCGUGCUCCCGAGCGCUCGCCACCUCGACCCACCGGCUGCUCAGACAAAUCAGAAAGCCCUAGGGGACAUCUUCCAGAACCAGUGGGGGCUCUCGUUCAUCAACGAGCCCAACCCGGCUCUCGACGGAGGGAACGGGUUCGUGCCUGCCGAGGACCAGACUUCUGUGACUUCUCACAACGGGAGUCAGGCUGUCCCAGCCAAGGUUGCCCAGCCCCUCUUUGACAUUAGCCCAUUUCUAGAAGCUGAAGCUUUUUCUCAAGAAGCGGAGAAAAGGACUUGUGCCCCCUGCCAAGUAUCCAGUGUUUGCUCUCCUGCUAGCACGGCGAGCGAGGAGGAGACCAAGCUGCAGCCAAGUGUCCAGGAAAAGACGAAAGUGGAGCUGAAGGGAGUGGGUUCUUCUCUGCUGGGCCCCAGUAAAGACAACGGUGCUAAGCCUGCAGUGGGCCAGCAGACAACUGUGCUGUUUGGUUCCUCUAAAGAACAGAUCCACCCAAAAGACGUUGGCAGGAGGUCCAGCUGGGGUUCCUUUGACCUUAAAGCUGCCGUCACCUAUCACACUAAAGAAAUGGAAUCCAUUUUCAACUUGCAAAAACAAGAUCCAAAAAGAAUAGUGUUUUAUGAUGAGACCAAGGAUGGACCUGAUCAGUGAGGUAGAUCAUCUCCAGUGCUUACUGUCUUCUCCUCUGGGUGCUGCAGUUAUCUACCUUGGAAAAAGUAAAAAAACAACAAAAAAAAAAAAAAAAAAAAAAAAAAAACACACACACACAAAAAAACAAAUCCUGUCGGAUAAAAGUGACAACUGUGAAAACACUGAUAGCUAAGCAUGAUUUUCCUUGGAAACUCGGGUUUAUUGAAACUUGUAUUUUUUUUUUUCCUUUGGGAGCGCACCAGACAAAACAUACACACACACACAUGCAGACACACUCUGGAUGGACGUUAAAAAGGAGUUGAUCGGUGCCUCUCCAACACGAUGAAUGGACCUUAACGACUUCUAGCUGUGGUAGUCCUCGUCUCAUGGCUUUUAAGGGAUAAUGUUCGGGAGUUCACAAAGGCAGGUGUCUCGGACCGCACCUCCUUAAGCCUUUAUCCUGUCGAACUGUUGGGAUGCCUCCGUCGGUUUCUUUCUUCACUCAUUCAAAUGAGUUCACUGUAGAUACGUUGGACGUUCCACACAGAUCUGCGCUUGAAUUAGUGGUGAAGGAAAGGAGACGAUUGUUAAAGAAAUGCCUUCUGAGUUGUAGAGUAAAAGGUGUUUUGCAACCCUGUUAA